CCUGUGGCCACCCACCUAUCUUGUACUUGUUGGUCAAAUUGAGCAAGCAAAUUGGUUCUUUGAAACUUCCUCGAGUCUGCACAAUCAAGCUUAUUUACAAAACUCAUCGGUUGCUUUGAGGCCUUCAAUCCCAUCAUGUCUACGCCUGUUCCAUUCUCUGAGCCCCCAUGGCUCCUUGGUUUACCCUCCCCAAUCUUCAAGGAGACCCAUCGCAAAUGGCAAGCCAACGUCAGGGCGUUCGUAGACAAGAACCUUGUCAAGGACGCGUUGGAAUGGGAAAAAGCCGAAGCAGUCCCGCCCCAUGUCUUUGAGACCUUUGCAAGGGCCAACAUGCUCAUCCCGUGCCUUCCGGCGCCGCUGCCCGUGGCGUGGCUCAAGAGGCUGGGAAUCCACGAGUUGUUGGGCGGACUCAAGGUCGAGGACUUUGACUAUCUGCACGGGCUCAUCUACUUCGACGAGGUGGCCAGAUCGGGUAUCACUGGCCCGGGCUCGAGCCUGACCACCGGCAUGUCCUUUGGCGUGCCACCUAUUAUCAAGUUCGGCGACCAGCAGCUGCAGGAACGGUUCCUGCCCCAGCUUCUCAGGGGUGAGAAGAGGAGCUGCAUUGCCAUCACGGAGCCUGAUGCUGGCAGCGACGUCGCGGGCAUCACGACGACGGCUGUGAAGAGCGCGGAUGGCAAGAGUUACAUCAUCAAUGGCAACAAGAAGUGGAUCACAAACGGCAUUUGGACGGACUGGGCGAGCAUGGCGGUCAGGACAGGUCCUGAAGGCUCAGGAGCCGCGGGCCUCUCCAUGUUGGUGGUCCCACUCAAGGGCCAACCCGGCGUGACGAUGCGUCACCUCAAAGUGGGCGGUUCAGCAAGCGCGGGGACUACAUACAUCGAGCUGGACGAUGUCAAAGUCCCAGUAGAGAACUUGAUCGGCAAGGAGGGAAUGGGAAUGAAAUACGUCAUGACCAACUUCAACCACGAAAGACUCUCCAUCGCCGUCGGCGUAACCCGAUCGGCCCGAGUGGCCUUGUCUGCGGCGUUCGAGUACGUCCUCAAGCGUGAGGCGUUCAGGCAGCCCCUCAUGAACCAGCCGGUAGUCCGGCACCGCCUCGCCAAAGCCGGGGCCCUUCUGGAAUCACAAUGGGCCUGGGUUGAGCAGUUUGCGUACCAGCUGACUCAGAUGCCCAAGGAGGACGGUGACCGGGAGCUGGGCGGCCUCACAGGCCUGCUGAAAGCCCAGGCGGGGCUUGUCCUCAUGGAGUGUGCCGACACGGCCAUGCUGCUCUUUGGAGGCAACGGGUACACGAGAUCCGGACAGGGUGAACUGAUUGAAAUGAUCUGGCGAGACGUGCCCGCUGCGAGAAUUCCCGGUGGUUCUGAGGAUGUCUUGUUGGAUCUUUCCAUACGGCAGUUGGUCAAACUGUACAAGGCCAAGACAAAGGCUUUGGGGAGCAGUAAGCUUUGAGGGCGGGCGUUGCAUGCCGAAUCGGGGCGAGGAGGAGAACCUCGUACUGUAGUGCUGUACCAGCUUACUGCUCGGCCCGUCCACUUUAGCGGCAAGGAAUGGGGGUGUCUCAUCAAGCUAGCCAGUAGCCGGUGUAUGAAGGUGUAUUAGUCCGUUGAUCCCGCCUGCCCAGAAUAUCCCAAACGCCUGCUAUGCCGGGACCUGCAAGUAUGAAGAUGCAAAGAAAGUAACACGAGACAGAAUCCUUUGGAGACGAAUGCCACAACAGCUCAGAUCCAGACUUCAUUGUCGGCUCGGUUCACCUCCAGGUGCUUGUAGAUGGCGUCGUAGUCCUUGCAGACGUGCUUGGCGUCCCAGCCGUCUGAUCCGAUGAAGCCCUCUGGAAAGGUGGUCUGCUGGCCCUCGAGCGCCGUGUCGCCGCAGCACAUGAUGGUCUGGCGCAGGUACUCGAAGCAGUGGGGCAGGUGGCCUUGCAUCUGCUCGGGUAUCAGACUCGGGUCCGAGAUGAGCCCUGAGUAGACCUGGGCAAUGUUGUAGAGGCAGUGGAGCUGGUGAGUGACGCUGGUGGUAUAGACGGUAUUGUCUAUGCCCGGGCCCUCGAGCGGACGCGGCGGCAGGUUGUCGUAGCUGGAAGGGUCAUGAACCUCGACAUAGCCCAGGCCUUUCGGGACGAUGCUCAGCCACUUCUGCCUCACCUCCUCGGUGAAGAACUCGGUUCCGUUCUCCGGAACGAACCCGAGGUCAGGGACGAAAGUUUUGAUCUGCUGGGAGACUAAUAAACACCAUGUCAGUCAGCGAUGUGGUGAUGGUGCCACGGGCCACGGGCCACUCACCCCGAGGCGCGAACCCAGAGAUAUCACCAUUGCCCUCGAAGUGGCCGUGCUUGUCGUUUUGGUAACGACGAUCGAGGAGCAGGAAAAGGAUCACGAGCAGGAGCAGGGUGUUCAGCACACCCUGGCAUGAGAAGACAGCGGCGCGGCCUCGUUGCCAUCUGCUCUGCCUCGGGCGGCCAGCUUCACGCAACUCUUCCCAGCUCUUCUCUCCGUGGCCCAUCAACGACUCGCCCGCAUCAGUGCUUGCGUCGUCUGUCACAGCAUCGUGAUUGGAGCCACCAAUAUUGGAGUACUCUGGAUGCUUCGCAGUCAUUGUGGGCAGCGGCCGGCUUUUCUCUAUGUGGCCAAGUCCUGGAAGAGGACGAAGACUAAUUCGGGAUACACUGGAAUAUAGGGCGAGAAGGGAUGAUUCGUCCAAAGAAAAGUUUCUUGGUAUGGCGUCGAUUGUCUAUAUGUCAGGACCUCGGAUGGCGGCAGGCGGUUUCUAGUGGGAGCUGAUGGAUGUCUGGCGCAGCACAGCAAAACAACUCAUAGAUAGUAGUUAGGCAGGAGAUGAUGCAAGAGAUUUUACAGAUUUAGACUCAAUCUAGAGAACAUUUACGACGGAUGUCGGGGUCUUUCGUUCUGGUAUUUU